AUGACAGCCCGCCAACACUCAAAUGGGUCCCUGGACCAAUUUGACCCGGUCCUGGUUACUCCAGUAAUUGGUAAUGAAUUUAAAAAAGACACUGUCAAUAUUGUCGACGACAUCCUGAACGCCCCAAACGCAGACGAGCGCAUCCGCGAUCUGGCAAUCAUGAUCGCUGAGAGGGGCGUCGUCUUCUUUCGCGCCCAACACAACCUAACGAACGAUCUCCAAAAAUCCCUCAUCCUCCGCAUGGGCGAAUUGACCGGCCGACCCACCUCCCACAGUCUACACAUCCACCCGAUAACUAACAACGCACGGGAAUUUGGCGACCCAGACCCAGAAAUUAGUACCAUCAGCUCAGAGGGUCGGAAAAAGCUCUACAAGGGAUCUAGCUAUACCACCAUGGCGGCUGUUUGGCACAGCGAUAUCUCGUUUGAGAAGGCACCCGCGGAUUUUUCCUCGUUGAGAUUGACGCAGCUUCCUACUACUGGUGGUGAUACGCUGUGGGCCUCUGGAUAUGAGAUCUAUGACCGGAUCAGUGUGCCCUAUCGCAAGUUUCUAGAGACGCUUACUGCUACGCAUGACGGUGAAGGGUUCAGAAAGAUGGCAGCCAGUGGGAAAUUCAAAAUGUUUGAAGGGGAGAGAGGCGCGCCUGUGAAUGUGGGAGGUGAUUUGUUUGCUGAUCAUCCGAUUGUUCGAACAAACCCCAUUACGGGAUGGAAGUCAAUUUUCCCUAUUGGCGCCUUCCCAUCACAAAUCAAUGGGUUAAAUCGAAAGGAGAGUGCUAGUAUGCUGCAGUGGUUCCAUGAUCUCAUUACGCAUGGGCAUGAUCUCCAGGUGCGAUUCAAGUGGAACGAUCCCAAUGAUAUCGCAAUUUGGGACAACAGAAGUGUCUUCCAUACUGCUACAGGUGAUCACGAAGGGUUUGGGCAGCGAAGUGGUAACCGGGUUGUGGGUGUUGGUGAAGUCCCGUAUUUCGAUCCGGAAAGCAAGUCUCGCCGUGAGGACUUGGGUAUUGUUGAUGAUCUUGCGCCUUGUCACUUGUAG